GACGACCUGUUCCGCUUCAACAACAUGUGAGUGACACGCGCCUAGGGCCAGCCGCUCCUGGUCGGGCCCUGCUUUCCGGCCCCGCCAGCUCCGGCCCCAGCCGCGCCCUCCCGGCCGGACCCCAAGCCCGGGCGGGGACCCGCGAGAACCACCCCCGCCGGCCGACGCGGGCGCCUCCCUGGGGCCACAGGGUCCAGGGACAGGUGGGCCUGGAGUCGACGCACGCCGGCCUUGGCGACCUUGGCCGAGGUGCUCAAACUUUGUCUCUGGACCCUGCGAGCCCGCGGGUUCUGGGGCAGCGCUCGGGCCUCCGCUUGUGGUCGCUGUCAGGAGGCGCUGGGGUGAUGGGGCGAGCUGGGGGCGGGACCUCGAGCCCACGACCUGGGCUCCUCGCCCUGCCCUACUGCUUGCUGGCUCGUGGCCGGGCCGCGCCUCUUCUGGGCAGUGGGCACCGCCGAAGGCCCGGCCGCAGAGGGGGCUUGCGAGGAUCGGAAGCUGGUCAGCAGCUGUUGGUAUGUGCACAUCGUGAAGCCCACCUGGUGGCCGUGGUUAAAUUGUAUCCAAAUGAAAUGACACUGAUCACUGUGUCCCCUGCAGCGGAUGCCGUCUCAGUCAUGUAACUUGGAUCCGCUUACAGAAACUUAUGGGAUUCCUUUCUACCUACAGUACCUCGCCCACUGGCCAGAGUAUUUCAUUGUUGCAGAGGCACCUGGUGGAGAAUUAAUGGGUUAUAUUAUGGGUAAAGCAGAAGGCUCAGUAGCUAGGGAAGAAUGGCACGGGCACGUCACAGCUCUGUCUGUUGCCCCAGAAUUUCGACGCCUUGGUUUGGCUGCUAAACUUAUGGAGUUACUAGAGGAGAUUUCAGAAAGAAAGGGUGGAUUUUUUGUUGAUCUCUUUGUAAGAGUAUCUAACCAAGUUGCAGUUAACAUGUACAAGCAGUUGGGCUACAGUGUAUAUAGGACGGUCAUAGAGUACUAUUCGGCCAGCAACGGGGAGCCUGAUGAGGACGCUUAUGAUAUGAGGAAAGCACUUUCCAGGGAUACUGAGAAGAAAUCCAUCAUACCAUUACCUCAUCCUGUGAGGCCUGAAGACAUUGAAUAACCCUGGGCAGUGGUUCUUAGGCAGAUACUCUGCAUGCUUUAUGGACAAUAUUAUUUUCAUUGGAUGAUUCUGGAGCUCUAUUAGGAGAAAAGUAAUCAUUUUAGGUCUUAAAGACUUCAAGAAAAUACAGGUUAUCAAUUUAUUUUAAAUCUCGUUGUUUCCAGUUAGCAAUAUCAUACCUAUUAAAGCUGUUCACCGUAACAAAAUUCAAUCAAAAAGGCAGCUAGGUCAGAAGGAAACAUACCACUCUCAUGGUUCAUAAUAUCCACUGUAUGUGUGCUAGGGAAAAGACUCGCUCCAGUCUCCUCCUCAGUUCUGGUGCCUGAGAACCACUGCUGCAUAUAUUUGUUUUUAAAUUUUGUAUUGAACUGUUAAUUGAAGCUUUAAAAGCAUAUAUGAAAUGUAUAAAUCUAAGAUGUAUAAUACAUUGUUGACUCUA